GAGCCCGGGUAGCUCAGUCGGUAGAGCAUUGGACUUUUAAUCCAAGGGUCCAGGGUUCAAGUCCCUGCUCGGGCGAACUUUUUUUUUUUCGUUUUCAAAUAUAUAAUUUCUUUAAUAUCAAGACACAUAAGUUUGAUUCUGAACUAUUUUGUGUCAUUUUGACAUUCAUAAAACCACCCAGAAGGAAAUAGACUUAUUAAUUCGUAAAAUAAUGGAAUAUACAAAACAAGACUUCCUUUUGAUUUCUCUCACUCAAGAUUUGAAAUGCUUGGAUGGAAUUCUAGAUAACAUUUACCAGAAUAUGAAGAAUUACAAACUUAAAUCUUGGCUGUUCCCUCAAAAAUAUGUGGACGAAUGCAGAGAUUUAUACCCCCCUUAUAACGAGAAGCUGACGUAUGUAAAAUGUUUGGAAAUGAUGGUUGAAAAAUUAUACAUUAUGUUAAAUUUUUUAAACCAACGAAAGGCCAGCGAUAGAAAAAGGCGAAAUGUUCAUUAUCCAACAAGAAUUACUCUGGGUAGAUGUGCACAGAAAUUUUGGGAAUUGAUCAAUUCAGAAGAGGAUGAAAAAGCAAUUCUAAAUCCUACAAAUUCAUCUACAAAUCUUAUUAUCAAUAAGGAAUGCCAAACAAACAUUCAAAGUAUGAUUGUGUGCGAUAGUUGUUUCGAAAUGAACGAAUUCAUGAAGGAUAUAAUUAAAUUCAUAUCAGAAAAUUUUGAAGAAUCAUCUACUAAACAUUUACUAAGAACUAUGAAUGAGACAAUAUGUUCAGCAACAAAAUUUGGGGGGAUAUUAAAAUUCACAAAUUCAUUGAAACAAGACUACCAUAAUUUAAUAAAUAAACUCAAUGAAAAAUCUGAAGAAAACAAUAUUUUAUCAGAGGAAAAACGAGAAAUAAAAAUAAUUAUCGAUAACAUGGAAAUGGAGAUCGAAGAAUUGAAUGUCUCAAACUAUAAAAUAACUGAAGAUUUAAUGAACUCAAGAAAAGAAGUAGCUACUUUGAAUGAUAAAAUAAAAAAUAUAGAAAAAGAGAAAGAAAAUUUACAACAGAACUGUGACACAUAUGAGUUGUUGAAUGAUAAUCUCACCAAUCAAGUGAAAUAUUUUGAACAGGAACAUAUUGAAAAUGAAAAAAAAUUCAGCACUAAUUUGGAAAACUAUGAAGAAAUAUUAGCUGGUCGAGAUGCGGAAAUCGCUAAUUACAAAAUAACGAAUAAUAACCUUUUCAAAAAUUCAAAUGAUCUCAAAAUAAAAUAUGAGGAAUUAAUCUGCAAGUAUUCGAAAAUGUGCACAAUCAACAAAAAACUAGAACAAAGUUUAGAAGACAUCAACUACUUAAUGAAAGCUGUAGAUAAUAUAACAGAGAAAACACUUUUAUCUGUGAAGAAACUUACUGAUAGAAGCAAAGAAUUGAACGAAAAAAUUGAAUCGGUCAGAAAAAAGUAUAGUGAAGAAAAUACAUACACAAAUAAAUUCUAUAAAACGCAUAAAUUUAUUCUAGAUUCAUUGAGACGAACGAAAGAGGCUGAAGAACAUGAGAAAUAUGACAUUCAGGGAAAUCCCCUACUUGAUUUCAAAAGACAAAUCAAAGAAAAUGAACAAACUAUAAAAAAUCUCGAAGAACAGAAUGAAAAGUUUUCUUGCAUUGUGAAUUUGUAUAGCAAGCGUGGAAAUACUCAAAAAUGCCUUCAAUAAUUGUUUUUGGAAUUGUCUGAUGCUAUUUUUGUGAUUUUUAUAUUUAAUCAAAAUCAUAUAAGAGUAAUUAUAAAUAUUGGAAUUGAU